GUUUCAUCCAACCUUCUUCAUCUCGACAGAAUGGCGCGUGAGGUAAUAGACUCCGAAGGUGAUUGCACCAUCAAAUGCGGCGACACUGAAUUCCUCGUUUCGUCCAAGGCCGUCUCACUCGCUGCGCCCCAGCUCAGCGGUGACAGUAUCCAGCGCCUCGCUUCGGAAAACCCACGGACGAUUCAAAUAUUCCUUAAUAUUUCUCAUCACCGCUCGAAUGAUAAUCUAUCAGAAGUAGAUUCUGAUGAUAUGUUGAGCCUCGCUGAUCUAAUCGAGAAGUAUGAAUGCCGCUCUGCCAUGAUGGCUCACGCCCAGCAAUGGCUACUGAAGGACCUGGAGGCUUUAUCCGUAGAGGAUCUUUGGAAGAUGCUUCGCUUUGCACAUAGCAUGAAGAUCAAGGAAAGCGCCAUAGAGAUAUGUCAGCAGCUGGUUGCCCACCAUUCGGGAGCAUUGCACUCGUGGGCAUUCGCUAUUGAUAAUCUCGGUUCUAUGCCCCGGGAAAUUCUCCGUGACCUAGACGAACUUCAGCGGAGCCUGAAGUUAACGACCACGGAAGCUGUUCUUAGCGUCGCGGCCUUACUAGCGGAGUGCGAGUGCCAACACGCCCAGAUUUUCAUCGGAUCGUAUAUCCAGUCCUUGGGCAAGCUCGGUAUCUUGCCAGGGACUGUGUCCUUCCAUUCAAAAACAUAUUCAGACGUACGCGACCAAGCAGCACAACUGCCUGUUGCUCGAUAUCCUGCUCACGCGAGUGGGUGCUGCAGUACAUACGCUUGGCUAGAGCAAAGGGAGCACUUGUUGGGAAAAUUGGAAGAUUGCUUAAACAGGAUUCUAGAGGAGCUUCUUUGAGGGCUUGGUUGAUUAUAAAAAAGGGGGUCCAUCACAGGGUGCUAGAUAUGGAGAUUUCGA